AGUGGUUUCCCUUAAUGCUGACACAGACCAUAUGGAACUGAGGAUCGGGAUUUUGGUGGGACUUUAGGGUUUAAGAAAAUUAAAUUAAAAUACUGCUGAAAUUGAAAUACUACUUUUUAUUCAUACGAUUAGAUGAACAGGAGUUAACACAAUGAGCACCAUGUUUGCAGACACCAUUCUGAUUGUUUUCAUCUCUGUUUGUACAGCUCUGUUAGCCGAAGGGAUUACCUGGGUUUUAGUGUAUCGGACUGAAAAGUACAAGAGGCUGAAGGCUGAAGUGGAAAAACAAAGCAAAAAACUUGAGAAGAAAAAAGAAACCAUAACAGAAUCCGCUGGACGUCAACAGAAGAAGAAGAUUGAGAGACAGGAGGAGAAACUAAAGAACAACAACAGAGACCUCUCUAUGGUGCGCAUGAAGUCCAUGUUUGCCAUUGGCUUCUGCUUUACAGCUUUGAUGGGCAUGUUUAACUCCAUUUUUGAUGGAAGAGUAGUGGCAAAAUUGCCAUUUGUGCCACUGUCCUAUAUCCAGGGACUGUCCCAUCGCAACCUACUGGGCGAGGAUUACACCGACUGCUCCUUUAUCUUCCUUUAUAUUCUCUGCACCAUGUCCAUCAGACAGAACAUCCAGAAGAUGCUUGGGCUUGCUCCCUCAAGAGCUGCAACAAAGCAGGCUGGAGGCUUCCUUGGACCUCCUCCCCAAGCAGCCAAGUUUUAAUAAUCAGCCCACAACUCUGCAAUCCUUAUCAACUUUUUGUUCUGAAGUAAAUGUUUUGUCUGUUGCAGGUACUGCAUUGCUUAUUUGAUGUCACAUUUAUUUGUUAUUUCAUUAGAUUAGAGGUUUAUUGGGUUUUUUUUCUUGAUCUUUUAAUUACUAAACGUAACAUGUGUCUGCCAUGUAUUCAGCUCAUGCCAUACGUGUUUUGGAGAUUUUAAUUAUUUUCUGACAAAAUGUCCUUCAGCCCAGUUUCAGUAUUGUUGUAUGCCAUUAUCUUUUAAUGUAACUUAAUAAUUACCUAAUAAAGUCUUUUAAGCAUA